AUGACGAAAUUCUUGAAGGUGGCUAGAGGGCUGUCUGAACAGGUGCUGUCGAAAGGAGAUGCGGAAGAGGUAGCAAUGAGUAAACAUCAUGGCAGUGUAGAAGGAGACACCCGGAAGGAGACACUCACACCGAUUCUGUCGUCCUUUCUCCUAAGGGUUAGAACAGAUCAGCUCUCCAUGAUUGGUGUGUCUGGCUUCAAGCGUCUAUUACCUGCCAUAAAUAUGUGCGUCAUCCAUACCAAGUCAAUGAAUCAUCCCUGUGCCAUCUUUUCACCAGAUGCCUCCAUAUACGAGAAUUCGGAUGAAAAAUUACCAUCUUUAUAA